AACUUUUUUAGCAUUUAAGGGAAAACAAAAUGAGAUUCCCAUCCCUCCUUCUCCCUGACCCUAACCUCUCUCUUUGCUGAAAUACAAAUCCCUAUAUUCUUACUUCAAUAUGGGUAUUUUACCCAUACUAUCUUAAACACCAGAAAGCUAUUUAUCUUCUUUUUCUAGUUUCGUUUUUUCUGGGUUUUUCUAAUCUGGUUAUUUCUGAAAAUGGGGGAAAACCAAGCCUACAAGGCUAUGCAAAGAGCUAGGCUUGGCUCUUCCUCUGCUGGCCCUGAAGAGAUAUAGGAUGGCAUGAUGGAUGGUACUUUUCAUUCACCAGAGUGGCAUGCUGCUCGUUUGGCCAGCCUUAAAACUUCUCAUACGGUUACGUGGGAAGAGUUUAAAAAGAAACAAAAAAAGAUGCAUUGAGAAAGGGGGAAUUGGAAGCAGAUACAGAUUGAAUGAUGCGAGAAUAUAGAGCCCAGCUAGAUGCUGAAAGGGCAAGCAAGCUUGCACAUGGUAGAAACCAUUCUAGUAGUAAAUCUAGCCAAAAAAAGGAUAGAAAAGACAAGGAUGCAAAGAAGCGCAGCAGCAAAAAGAGAAAGCGUUCAAGACGCAGGUCUUCCGACUCUAGCUCCUCAAGUUCAUCCUCAGAAUCAAGUAGUGAUGACAAGAGAGAAUCAAGAAGAUCGAAGUCCAAGUCUAGGAGAGAGAAGAAAAAGGAACACAAAUCAAGAAAUAAGAACUCAAGUACUGAUAAUGAAGAAGGUGAAGGUCCAGUGCCACUUUCAAGAUUUUCUGGGGAUGUGAAGAGUUAAAAUGGGAUGUUAAAAGAUAUACUAAAAUUUCUCCCAUAGUUUCUGAAUCAAAUGUUUGUAAAGAUGUUUGAUUUCGUCUUUCCUUUGGCUUUUGUUUUCUGCUUCAUUCCUAGUUUGUAGUCAUCGAUGGAUCAUACUUAUGAAAACCUGUUAAAUUUAAUCAGUUAA